AUGCUCCGGCCGCAGUAUCUGUGCUUCCAGGAGAUAGCCAGUUGCGUCAGAUAUAAUAUACUUGGUGCCGUUAUAGUCGAAGGUUCGCGACAGCAGACUGACACUGACGUUAUACUUCUUGUCAGGCAAGUACUUGUCUUUGAAACUUAUAGACAAGCUCACUGUCAACGAGCCCGCCUGCCGGACAGCCUCGUAUGUGCAACUCUCGUUGUGCUCUGCAUUGUUCGAGUCGAGACUCUUGAAACUAUAUACUAUGGUAGUUGA